AUGUCUAAGGAGAUUAUCCAUGGUGGUUAUGGGGAGGCCUACUCAGUGUUGCCUAGGUAUGCUAAAAUGGUGAAGCAGAACAACCUAGGUAGUUAUGCCCUGGUGACAUGGGGUGAGGCUACUGAAACUGAGCCCCCAAGGUUCAAGGGAUGUUUCUUUUCUUUUGCUGCCCAAGUAAGGGGAUUCUUGAGAGGCUGCAGGCCAUUCAUUGGCAUUGAUGAAGCCCACCUGAGUGGACAUUUCAAGGGAAUUUUGUUAACUGUUGUUGGGAUUGAUGGGAACAAUGAGAUUUUUCUCAUUGCAUAUGGAGUGGUGGGUUCUAAGAGUAUUGACAGUUGGGGCUAUUUUCUCAGGAAUUUGAGGUGCCUGUUUGAGAAAGAAGGUUGUAGGAGAGAUGAUUGGACCUUCAUCUCUGACAGAAUAAAGGGGGUUGACACAGCAAUUUAUGAAACAUUCCCUAGAGCAACAAGAAGAGUGUGUUUCCAGCACCUGUACAUGAACUGCAAGGCUAAUGGAUUCAGUGGUUCAGCCUUUCAUAAGCUUUUCUGGAUAGCAGCUGAUGCAUACAAUGAGUAUGUAUUCAACAAAGCAAUGCAAAAGAUUGAAGAGUACAAUCCUAAGGCUAUUGAGUACCUAGAGAGCUGCACUGAGGUCUGGUCAAGGCAUAAGUUUCAUCCUACACUCUGUUGUGACCAUAACACAACAAAUUUUGUUGAGUCUUUCAACUCAUGCACCAAGCCAUAUAGAGAUUUACCUGUUCUGAAAAUACUUGAAGACAAGAUUCUGCAAACAAGAUCAGAUGAGUCUAGGUUUUGCUAUGCUAUUCCCUGUGGUGGGGAUGAAUUUGAGAGGCUGCAACCAGCAGACUUUGUAGCCCCCUGUUUCAAAGGGAAGGCAUACAAGUUGACUUAUGCAGAGCAUAUGCACCAUAUGCCUGACCCAUCACAAUGGCCAUCAAGGAACCUGCCUGACAUACUGCCACCAUUGGUGAAAAGAGGUGUAGGGAGACUAAAGAAGCAAAGAAAAAGAGGGCCAAAUGAAGCAAGGAAAGGGAAGAGGCAUGCAACAGUUAAGUGCAGCUUAUGCAGUGAGUUGGGGCACAACAAGCUGACUUGUGCAUCAAGGAAAAAAAGAGCUACAACUGAAGCAAGCACAUCAGCCACCUCCUCUCAAGCCAAGAAGAGAACAAAGAGAGCAGCUUGA